AGUAGCUGAUGCUGAUGCUGAUGCUGAUGCUGGAUGACAGAGCGAAGAGGAGGAUGCGAUUUCUGAACUCUAAAGUGAAGAUUGGCUUUUUAACAGCAGGGUCUGACCACAAACAAUCCUGUUUGUGCACAACUAUAAAGAACUGAGAUGGCGGAUCAAGCUGAAUGCAGCAUCAAAGUAAUGUGUCGUUUUAGGCCAUUAAAUGAAUCGGAGAUCGUAAGAGGAGACAAAUAUAUUCCAAAAUUUAAAGAAGAUGACACAGUGGUUAUUGCGGGCAAGCCCUAUAUCUUUGACAAAGUGCUCCAACCUAACACUUCACAGGAAAAUGUUUACAAUGCCUGUGCAAAGCAGAUUGUUAAAGAUGUUCUUGGAGGUUACAAUGGAACCAUUUUUGCUUACGGUCAGACCUCCUCAGGGAAAACACACACCAUGGAGGGGAAGCUGCAUGACCCUCAGCUGAUGGGAAUCAUUCCUAGAAUCUCACACGACAUCUUCGAUCACAUUUACUCCAUGGAUGAGAACCUAGAGUUCCACAUCAAGGUUUCUUAUUUUGAGAUCUACAUGGACAAAAUUAGAGACCUGCUAGAUGUUUCCAAGACCAACCUAGCUGUACAUGAAGACAAAAACAGAGUUCCAUAUGUGAAGGGCUGCACAGAGAGGUUUGUCUCCAGUCCCGAGGAGGUGAUGGAUGUUAUUGAUGAAGGAAAAGCCAAUCGCCACGUUGCUGUUACAAAUAUGAAUGAACACAGCUCCAGGAGCCACAGCAUCUUCUUGAUUAAUAUUAAACAAGAGAACGUGGAGACAGAGAAGAAGCUGUGCGGGAAGCUCUAUCUGGUAGACUUGGCUGGUAGCGAGAAGGUCAGCAAGACUGGAGCAGAAGGAGCUGUUCUAGAUGAAGCUAAAAAUAUCAACAAGUCUCUGUCUGCUCUGGGCAAUGUCAUCUCUGCACUGGCAGAAGGGACUAAAACACACGUACCAUACAGAGACAGCAAGAUGACCCGUAUUCUCCAAGACUCUCUGGGGGGCAACUGCAGAACCACCAUCGUCAUCUGCUGCUCCCCUUCUGUCUACAAUGAAGCUGAAACCAAGUCCACCCUGAUGUUCGGACAGAGAGCCAAGACCAUUAAAAACACAGUAUCAGUGAACCUGGAGCUGACGGCAGAGGAGUGGAAGAAGAAGUAUGAGAAGGAGAAGGAGAAGAGCAAGAGCCUGAAGAAUGUUAUCCUGCAGCUGGAGAUGGAGCUAAAUCGCUGGAGGAACGGUGAGGCAGUACCCGAAGAUGAGCAGCUGAGUGCUGAGGAUCAGAAGAACCUGGAGCCUUGUGAUAACACUCCCAUCAUCGACAACCUGGCCCCUCUCAUUGCCCCGGUGUCAGUGGAGGAGAAGAGCAAGCACGAGGAGGACAUCGCAAACCUGUACAAACAGCUCGACGACAAGGAUGAUGAGAUUAACCAACAGAGCCAAUUGGCAGAGAAACUGAAACAGCAGAUGCUAGACCAGGAUGAGCUGCUGGCUUCGACGAGGCGGGACUAUGAGAAGAUCCAGGAGGACCUGGCGAGGCUGCAGAUGGAGAACGAGGCCGCGAAGGACGAGGUGAAGGAGGUGCUGCAGGCCCUGGAGGAGCUGGCUGUCAACUACGACCAGAAAUCCCAGGAGGUGGAGGACAGGACCCAGGCCAACGAGCAGCUCGCCGAUGAGCUCGCCCAGAAAACAACAUGCCUGUUGGCCGUCCAGCGCGAGCUGAACCAGCUUCAAGAACUGAGCAAUCACCAGAAGAAGAGAGCGGCUGAGAUCCUGAACCUCCUGCUGAAGGACCUCAAUGAGAUCGGGGGCAUCAUCGGCACCAACGACAUCAAAGUGAUGACCGAGGUGAACGGUGUCAUAGAGGAGGAGUUCACCAUGGCUCGUCUCUACAUCAGCAAGAUGAAGUCAGAGGUCAAGUCACUGGUGAACCGCAGCAAGCAGCUGGAGACGUCGCAGAUUGACACGACCCGGAAGAUGCAGGUCAACGAGAAGGAACUGGCUUCCUGUCAGCUGCUCAUCUCCCAGCAUCAAGCUAAAAUCAAGUCCCUGACAGAUUACAUGCAGAAUGUGGAGCAGAAGAAGAGACAGCUUGAGGAGUCGCAGGAUGCGCUCACAGAGGAGCUGGCCAAGCUCAAUGCCCAAGCAGAUACAAUGCAUGAAGUGUCAGUUAUGGACAAAGAGAAGGAACACAUGACCUUGCUCCAGGAUGCUGUGGAGAGGAAGGAGACCCUGGAGAAACAGAUGGAGAGUCACAGAGAGGUCCACCAGAAGCAGCUGUCCAGGCUGCGUGAUGAGAUUGAGGACAAGCAGAGAAUCAUCGAUGAGCUCAAAGACUUGAAUCAGAAACUGCAGCUGGAGCAUAAAAAACUCAUCUCCGAUUACGAUAAACUGAAGAUUGAAGAGCAGGAGAAGGAUAUGACGCUGCAGAAACUCAUUAUCCUUAAUGACAAAAGGGAGCUAGCGAAGCAGGACCUCAAAGGCCUAGAAGAGACUGUGGCCAAGGAGCUCCAGACACUCCACAACCUCCGUAGACUUUUUGUUCAAGACCUCACGACUCGCGUCAAGAAAAGCACUGAACUGGACUGCGAUGAUGGAGGGGGGAGCGCAGCACAGAAACAGAAAAUUUCCUUUCUUGAGAACAACCUGGAGCAGCUUACAAAAGUUCACAAACAGCUGGUACGUGACAAUGCAGAUCUGCGUUGUGAGCUUCCUAAACUGGAAAAACGUCUCCGAGCUACAGCUGAGAGAGUCAAGGCCCUUGAGAGUGCACUGAAGGAGGCCAAAGAAAACACUAUGAAGGACCGGAAGCGCUACCAGCAGGAGGUGGACCGGAUCAAGGAAGCCGUGAGAGCCAAGAACAUGGCCAGGCGAGGGCACUCCGCUCAGAUCGCCAAGCCUAUUCGUCCUGGGCAUUGCCCAGCAUCCUCACCGACAGCUGCCCACACCAUUCGUGGUGGUGGAGGAGGAUCGUUGAUCUCCAGUUAUCACCACAACAUGAAGUAGGGGAUGAAUGAGCCCAAAAAGCAAGUACAGAACAUCUGAACAUCUGAUCACUGUCCCUCCUACAGGACCUGCUAUUCAUUUUCAAGAGGUUUCACCUGCAAGCUUUUCAGAACACUCUUUGCAUUUUCCUUUUUACUGUCUGAAAGAGCCAAUAUGCUGUAUAGGGAAAAGCCUUUAGUUGCUGAAACAGUGCUUUUUCUCCACUGACUUUGUUAACCAUGAACCAAGUAAUGAAGUAACAUCUUUAGGCAGGCUAAUGUCUUCUAUUGUGAGUCUGUUUAUUGUAUAAUAUAUUGUCAAUGUAUAUGGGCGGAGGGUGGAAAAUGAGGUCAAUAACGCUGCUAUACGGUAUAGUACUGCACUCCAUACUGUUGUAUUAUAUUGUGUUACGUUGUGCUCCUGCCCAUUAACGAUAAAAUGUAACAAUAAAAAUGAUUAAAAUAGCACUUCAGGUAAGAGCUUGUAUUGAGUGUGUGGAGAAGACCUAUCUGUCAAGGGUUGUUUGCCUAAUGAACUGUACAGGUAAACAACACUUAACCUCGUAACAGUUAUCACUAGAUCAGAUAGUACUGCUGCUGGUAAACAGGCUUA